AUUUGUCAAACUUAUUUUCAGCUUCUUCACAGAUUUAGAUAUAAACUGUGUUAAACAGGUAGCUUAUGCAGCAGUUUAUCAGUUUAGCUGCUUCUCAGAAUAAACUAAAAACAGCUAAUAAGCAUAAGCUGAUUUUUACCAACUUCUCAUACAAGCUAUUUUUCCAACAAGCAGCAUUGUGCCAAACCGGACCUAUAUAUGCUAGUAUUAGCAAGGAUAAGGAUGUAUACAACCAGGCUGUAGCUGUCUCAUGAGCUGAGAGGUUCUUCUUUCGUGGGCUUCGCUUGGACUUAUCCAGGCCCAUUGUGGUUCUUCGAAAGCACAGCGGGCAUCCAAGAAACCAGCCCAGCCGCACGGGCACCGCUGCCGAUUCCCUGUGGGAUUUCCCUCCCCAUCGCUAUCUACCAUGCAUGCAUUUGCCGAUUUCCAUUCCCCAUCGUAUUCGUACUAGUAGCUGACGCGCGCCCUGCGCGCGUGCGGCGUCGUGGUUAAAAACAUUUAUAAGUGAUUUUUAUAAGUAAUUAUAUGUGGUAUGAUUUUAGUGUUCCUUUGCAUAAAGGAAGGUAUUUCUAUACAGGUAGAUGUUCUGGCAUAUAAUGCUUAAUUUGUCUUUACUGACCUAGUGAUCUAUCAUACAAAAGCAAGCUAGAUUUGCCUGCUAUAAAAAAUGUAUUAGUAAAAAGGUUGACAUGUAGUGCUUGAGACAUAGAACUAAAUGUAUUCAUCGCCUCUGUGUACUAUUUCUUAGAAGCUUGCUACAAAUUCAUUGUCUUCCACUGACCUUCGUAUCAUGAGUAUUAGAUGGCACAUAUUGCUGUGUUUUUAGGACAAUGAAAAAUUGAAAGUAUGACAUAUGUUGUGCACCUCUAUGUUGGCAUUAUUCUUUCAUGAGGUUGUAUGAACUAUUGUCCUUAGUGUUGUUUAGCUCGAAUGUUUUGAAACCAGAUUUGCCAAAAUCGAAGUAAUGGUCCACAUGGUGUCGUUGUUAUUAUUCCUGAAGUUGUGAUGAAUAUUGAACAAUGCUUCAGCAAGUUUCAUCUAAACAUAUGCCUCCAUAUAAAUUGUACCGAUACAAAAUCAAAUAUCAAGUUUCAUCUAAAUAUAUGCCUCCAUAUAAAUUGUACUGAUACUAAAUCAAAUAUCAACGUGCAAGUUUUAUAAGUGACAACAGAAUUUGGAAAGUGACAACGUUAGAACUUAGAAUGGACUGAAAAGUAUGCUGAUAAAAAGAAGAAAGUGUAUUAUCAAGUGUGUAUGAGCUAUUCCUUCUGUCAAUUUUUGGACGUAACUUCACAAAAAAACAUUAAGAAAUAAAGAAAGAAGAAAACUGAAGAAACCAUAAGACUCAGAUGCAUGUAAGAAUAAGACAUAAAGCAUCGUAUCACCUAUUUGCUCGAUGAUAUGACCAAUACACGUUUUUAUGCUGGGUGGAUGUAGGUCAGGAUGCCUUUUGCAAGCCAAGAAGCAGCAAAUGCUCCUCUUUCCGACAGACCUAUUUGGUCAACUCGGCACGGUGGAGCCAGCCGCUCGGCGCCGAUGUCUGUCGGGACGUGGCGCCAGGGAGGAGCUCGGCGGUGCUCGUUGGCGGCGCGGGAGCGGAACAGGCGGAGCGCUCGGCAUCAACAUUCUUGGCGGGGUAGGAUGGAGUUGAACAUCCUGCGGAGGUGUUCUUCGGCGUCUCCUCUGGCUUCUCCAGUGGCCGGACCUCGUCCACCAGAGUGGUCAGCAUAUGCUGAGCUCUCAGCAUCUCCUCUGGCUUAUCCGGCGCCGUGAUCUGCUUCGCGGCCGGUGCUGGCUCCUUUGCAGGCUUCUCCGGCGUCCUGAUCUCGUCUACCAGAGCGGUGGCCUCUCUCAGCUUGUGUUGUGGGGCUG